AUGAACGCCUCAUACAUCUGCCUCGCCUGCCGUCGCAGUGCACGAUCGAUUACUGCCAAUGUCUCCUCCAAGAGACGUUAUACUCGCCCUUCCUUCGCACCGAAGCCAGUCUUGGACUUGAAGCACAUACGGCAGAAUCCAGGCCUGUACGAGCAGAAUUGCAUCGAUCGCAACUAUAACGAGCAAGCCAAGAACGGAUGGCGGAUACUGGAGCUCCACGAGAGCCUUGUUGAAAAACAGAAACAUGUGAUCCAGGCAAGGCAGCGGAGCAAUGCGAUUGGGAAGGAAGUCGGGAAGCAAGCCGCUGCUGGUGCUGGGAAGAAAGAGACGUUGCUGGACGAGGCCAGGAAGCUGAAAGAGUUGUUGUCUGCGUUUGAGGAUACGGAGAAGGAGAUUCAAGAUGACAUGGAGAAGUUGGCGUCGGAGCUGCCGAAUCUGAGCUCACACCAUACGCCUGUCGGUAAAGAGUCGCAGGUGAUUGAGGUGAUCAAUGAGGAUCUGGACAUUUCGCGGAGUAUGCUGUCGAAGAGCCAUGUGGAUAUUGGGAAAGAGCUGGACAUUAUCGACUUUGAGGCAAGUGCGACUACAAGUGGAUGGGGAUGGUACUUUCUCAAGAAUGAGGGUGCCCUCCUGGAGCAGGCUCUGAUUCAGUAUGCACUGUCUGUGGCGAUGAAGAGAGGAUGGAAGGUCAUGACGCCGCCUAGCUUGGUCUACUCGCAUAUUGCGAAUGCGUGUGGGUUUAUGCCUAGGGAUCAACACGGCGAGACGCAGAUCUACGGUGUCGCUCAAAUUGAGCAUGAUCGUACUUCUGAUAAGCCUGGUCUUGUUCUUGCAGGGACAGCUGAGAUACCCUUUGCUGGAUCACAGGCGAGCAAGACCUUGAAGGCAGAGGACCUACCUUUGAAGGUCAUCGGUCCUUCGAGGAGUUAUCGUGCUGAAGCCGGUGCUCGAGGAGUCGACACGAAAGGACUUUACCGCGUGCAUGAAUUCACCAAGGUUGAGAUGUUUGCCUGGACGCUACCUGCUACCAACUCUGAGGGCGAUCGAUUCGGCGACGAUGAACAACUUCCGCAGACAGAAGACGUCUUCACCGAAGUGCUCGACAUCCAGAAGGAGAUUCUCACAUCCCUCAACCUACACGCCAAGGUCCUCGAGAUGCCCAGCUCCGACCUCGGCGCCAGUGCAACUCGGAAGAUAGACAUGGAAGCGUUCUUCCCAUCUCGUCAGUCGAUCGAGGACGGCUACGGCGAGGUGACUUCCGCAUCGAUCUGCACCGAUUACCAGUCACGACGACUGAACACACGGCUCAAGAUGCCUGGUAGUGCAGCCAAACUCGGCUGGCCUCAUACAGUCAACGGUACCGCCAUGGCCAUCCCACGGAUACUCGCGUGUAUCCUCGAGAACCACUGGAAGGAGGAUCAAGGUGCGGUGCAGGUGCCCGAGUGCUUGAGGGCAUAUAUGCCGGGCAACGUUGCCUCUAUUGAACGGCGAACAGCAGCGGCGUGA